AGUGCCUCUACUUCCAUACAAGUCGAAGCAUUUCUACACCAUUUGAAAAUUUCCUUUUAAGUACAAUCAUCUAUCCCCACAACGUUCAGCAAUUAAAUCAAGUUUAAGUUACUUUUCGUUCGUCCUCAUAUCUCUGAAAUUGAAUCUUCGCUUCUCAGCAGCACAAAGAAAGUAAGCAGACAAACCAAAUUCAAUUAUGGCGGAGUCUUCUCAAGAAAUUCUGACCUCGUCCGAGGAGCCCCUGAGCGACGAGCCUCAGCAAGCGCCGGCUGUGAUUCCGAGCCCGCCUCGAGGGCCGAGUCAGAGUCAGCAGGAUGCAGUCGCCCCGCGGGGACCUUCGCAAAGCGCUGCUCGCGGACCGUCGCAGAGCGCCGCCCGAGGGCCAUCGCAAAGCGGUGUGCAACGACCGCCCUCGCAGGCCGCGAGCUUAAUUCCAAGUUCCGCCGACCAAUCGCGCAAGCCCUCGCAGCUGCAACUGGACCUGGCGGCCGCGCGCGCACCAUCCCAAGCUGCUGCGAGUCGUGGACCGUCCCAACGUCCACCGUCUACACAAGUACAACAAGAGCAAGUGGCCCCCCGUGGCCCCUCGCAAAGCGGCGCGGCCCGCGCGUCUGCGCGGAAGCCGGAGGGCGGGUCGCAGUACGGGCAGCAGGCAGCAUCGAGUCCUGGCGAGGGGGCGCAAGAGGUUGAUCUAGAUGUCGACCAAUUCCAACGUUUCGAGAACAUUGCGGACCAGCUGACCGCUCAGGAGAAGGCACGGCAGGCGCAGGAGUACGCCGCUGCUUCGUCCCAGCUGCAGCGAGCCUCGGCAUUGCGGGCAGGCCAACAAAACCGAAAACAGCCUCAACCGCAGUUUACCGCGUUCGCGCUCCCGGGUAGCGGCCUCCCCGCACAGCAGCCGGGCGCCUCCCCCGCGCAAACUCCGCGCGGAAAGGCCGCCGCCCGAAAUCAGGCCGGCGGACGUGCCCGCGUCUCUCCGCGGGCCGCACGACAGCCGACUCCGCAGAGCAGCCUGCCGCUCAUGCUAUUCUGCUGUGGCACUGUUAUCAUGGUCUGCGUUGUAUUCUACGCGUGCUGCUUGUCGAGCCGGAGCCCAAGUGAGUACCGCAGCAAGCAUGGGCACGCACGGGGUAACACUAAAACAAGCAGUGACGAGGUGUGCAACGAAAUGGACCCCGUUAACUUCGCGCACGGGAAGGAUAUGGAGGCUGUGGACGACUACCGGGCCGUUUUCACUGUGUCCACUUCAGCGGAGUGCCAGACCAAGUUGGACGCAUUUCAGGUACAGUCGUGAUGAAAAACAAAGCUACUAUCUUGUCAGUCGGUAGCGGUAGGCAGUGGUACAGCGCUGAUAUGAAAAAGUGAGAAAGUGUAGUCCAGCAGCACAACACGACCGCAUUAUAGCUUUGUGUUGAGCUCAAGAUGUUGAUGUAGUUUUGCUGAUUCUGCUUUGCGUUCUUGAUGUGUUGCUUUACAGAGGAAGAAAUUAAUGUCGUUUAUUUCUUUGUCGUGGUCUUUUUUUCUUUCUGUUUCUCUGUUGUUGUCACGGCCAUUUAGUGAACAAGUUCUGGAUUUGAAACUUCCUACAGUUGAAUGGCGAGGAUGCUGCGGUGUUUCAAACUGGGUUAAAAACGGCGGCUGACGUGAACACCACGGAAUUGGCCCAGGUCAUGGCUGAGGGGGUAUACGGGGAUCAGCAAAAAGUGACGUAUCCUUACGUGCCAUUUGCGGUGUUCUACCCCAAGACUGCCUCCAAAAACUGUCGUCUUUUUACGAAGUGCGUCCGAGUCAGUUGCGAGGCUGCCAUCAUGAUCAACGAAGCGGACUGCAGCGAAACGAAACUUCUCCAGAACCGCAAGCGGGCUGGGCUUGGACGCUCACUUCUCGAUGCCGUCAACCUAGUCAAUCAAACUACCUCCACGACCGGGGGCAACAACCACGGACCCGACGCUAGGGCAGCACAAGGAGAGCAGAAUGUGGCGGAUGCGGACAGUGCUGCGGACGGUGCGUCGUCGUCUGGCGAGGGAGGACACAAGAGCGUGGACCAAGGGGAAAAUGGGGCAACAUCGGGAGGGCAUCACGCUGGAGGACCUGGUCACGGCGCGGCUCCCAGCCCGGCAAAUGCUACCGGACCCGGAACAAAGCCGGGCGACGCAAUCAGUGGCGGAAGUCAUGAAGGAGGGAAAGGUGAUGAUGCUACUGCUAACGGUACUACCCCUGGUGUCCACGCGCAGAACGGUCCCCCCAGCGGUAAAUCCGAGGCACCUCAGCCCAGUGCUGGCAAGAACGCAACUGGCGCCACUGCAGGAUCUCCACCGCUGGCAACGCAAUCGGCGCCUCUUCCCCCGACCCCGCAGAUUUCUUACAUGCCGAGGAACCCCUACACUCAUCACCAAGAAUCGGACACUGCUUCCAGUUUUGCCGCUGGUACUUCAUCUAUGGGCGCCAAAGUGAACACGGACGUGUCGAAUUUGCAGUCGUUUUUGGCGCUGAGCCGCCGAGUUUUUCCGGUCCUGGACUCCAUCGUGGCCUCCGGCGCAGCAAAAAAGCGGGAGGAUGGCAAGAAAGCCAAGAAGAAAACCAAAAAGAAGCUUCUUCACCAAGAGGAGGUCUUUUUGGAGGUGUAA